AUGAUCACUGGAAUCUUAGUGUUAGCAUUUGGUGCUUAUUGUGCUCUUUCAUUCAUUCUUCUUCGAUGGCCUACUUUAAUACAUAAGAAAAAAGCUUCAAAAAUACAACCUACAGUGGUUUGCCACAGAGGAGGUUCUGGUGAAUUCAUUGAAAAUACUGUCCAUGCAUUUACGAGUGCGAUAGAAAUGGGUGCUGACAUGCUUGAAAUUGACUGCCAGCUUACCAGAGACGAGAAAGUCGUUAUUAGCCACGACAAUGAUCUCACACGCGGUACAGGCGUUGAUAAACAUAUCAGUGAUUUGAAUUUCGAUGAACUACCCCAAUAUAAGGAUACUCUCGAUGUAACCUUCGGAUUCGGCAGAGUAUGCAAAGCUAAGGAAGGUGUUUCCCGAAGCAUUCCUCUUCUACGCACAGUUUUUGAACGUUUUCCUCAAGUUCCCAUCAAUAUUGAUGUCAAGACAGACAACGAUGUAUUAAUCAAAAACACUUCUGACUUGAUUGAAGAAUUCGGUCGUCGAGAUAUCACUGUUUGGGGCAGUUUUUCGGAUGAAAUUAACCGAAAAUGCCGACUGGUCAACCCCAGGAUCGCAACAUUUGUACCAAUUAAACGAACCGUCAUUAUUGUCGCUGCGUACUAUGUGGGUCUCUUACCAUUCCUUCCACUUCCUGAUGGAUUCUUCGAGAUUCCCUUGGUCCCCUUGUUUGGUCGAAUGCAAAAUGUCGUCGAUUAUAUUAAAUCUUGGCUCUGUAUGAUCCCAGCUUUCCUUAAAUUCGGCUUUUCAGACGAUGAUAUUUAUAAGCUCAUUAUCAAAUUUGUGGAUCAUUGUUUUAUGUCCAGAAAAUUAAUCGACCAUUUGCGAGCCCGGGGAAUUAAGGUUUUCUAUUGGGUUUGUAAUGAAGAGGAGGAUUUUGAUAAGGCGUUUUCUAUGGGCCGCGUUGCUGUUGUAACGGACUAUCCAAGUGAACUUUUGAAAUAUCUCCAAAAUCACCCAGAAAUUGAACGCGCUUCUAUGAGCUCUUGA